GGUCGGAGGUGCGGGGAGUGGCCUCGGAGGCGGCGACAGCGGCGGAGACGCUCAGAGGGAAGAGGCUUGCGCGUGGCUUCGCCGGGGGAGCGAUGGCGCCGGCGCUGCGCUGCCCGCUGUGCAGACAGAGCUUCUUCUCGGGCCGCGGGCACGUCUACAGCCGCAAACACCAGCGACAGCUGAGGGCGGCCCUGGAGCGGCUGCUGCCCCAGGUGGAGGCUGCCCGAAAAGCAAUCCGGACUGCCCACGUGGAGCGAUAUUCCCCUGAGCAUGACCAGUGCUGCUGGUGUCUAUGCUGUGGCUGUGAGGUUCAGAAACAUCUGAGUCAUGGAAACAUGACUGUGCUGCAUGGAGGUCUGCUAGAACAUCUGGCCUGUCCAGAUCACAGGAAAGCAACCAACAGGUUUUGGUGGGAGAAUAAAGCAGAUGUCUUGCUAAAAGAAAGGUUCCUAGUCUCCCAGCAAGAUUACGCCCGAUUCAAGAAGUCUAUGAUAAAGGCCCUGGAUUCCUAUGAGGAAGAAGAGGAUGAAAUGAUUAAAAAGAUGGCAGCUGAGAUUCGAGAGGUGGAACGCAGCCGACAGGAGGUGGUGCAGUCUGUCUUAGAGCCUCAGGCAGUGCCAGACCCAGAAGAGGGCUGUUCGGCGCCUUGUAUCUGGAAAGGAACAAACAGGAUAGCCUUCAGCUCACAGCAGCUCUCCUUGGAUCCAUCACCUGCCCCAGAACUGAACUGGAUGGAGGCCACACAGUCCCUGACUUUCAUUGGACAUCAGGACACACCUGGAGUUGGCAAUGUUCAUUCAGGGGCUACUCCUCCCUGGUUGUUGCAGGAUGAUGAAGACCGCAACAGCUCAGCACAUCAGAUCGGACCCUCCUAUGAAGAAUUCCUCAAAGAAAGUGAGUCAGUUACAGGGGUGGGAUUGAUUUUUCUUACCACACUUAAUGCUCCAACCUUCCCCAUCCCCCUUGCAGAAGAGAAACAGAAAUUGAGAAAGCUACCCCCAGACCGAGUUGGGGCCAAUUUUGAUCACUGCUCUAGUACAGGUGCAGGCUGGCUGCCCUCCUUUGGCAGAGUUUGGAACAACGGGCGGCGAUGGCAGUCUCGGCAUCAGUUCAAAGCGGAAACAAAGCAGUAGCCUAUCAUCAAGUGGGACUACGUGGGGGCUACACUUUAUCCACAACUUAGCAAUAUUAUGGUUACUGUAAAUAAAAGUCUGUUUUUUUUCUAA